GCUCACGCUCACACUCUUUUCUUAUAUAGCCCAGGCUGCUGCUGCUAUUGCUCAAAGAGUUUGAAAAUGUUGUUGUGGUAGAAGCUAUAGAAGAAAGGCGUUCAGUCAAAAGCCCAAUCAGUCGAGUAUCCCUCAUCGAGCCACCCGGAUCUCUAUUCAAAUAAUUUCCCGCCCGCUCAGUUUUUAUCAUGGCGCUCUUGUUCAACGAUCCUCUGGCCUUUCUGCCGGCCGCCAAUGACAAUCCAGCGAUCGGAACUAAUAGCGGAUUACGGAUGCUCUUCCAGAAUUGGAACCACAGCAGCGCGUUGGGUCCUCCGCCUCCGCUUCCGGUCGGCACGUUCAACCAGCCGCAGCAGAGCGCGAUCCAGCAGCAGCGGCAGCUGGAUCAGCUGGAAGAGAUCAAGACCCGCAUGGAGAAUUUGCAAGUGACUCCCAACGCGCCCGGCAGCAGUGUUGACAGAUCGAUCCAUUCGCGUAGGAUCAGACCGACAGCCAACGAAUCCAGCAGCAGCAGCAACAGCCAGCAGAUGCUGGAACCCAUUCCGAUCAUGGAUUUAGAUCACCCGCUCAACAGCUGGAUGCUGCCCAACCGGAAGCCGGAGCAUAUGGGCCCCAUGGCCAGCAAAAACAACAGCGACUGGCCCAUCUUGCCACGGUUCACCGUCUCGGCUCUCAGCAACGGAACGCUCGUCCAAAUUCCUAUUCUAUGGACGGCCAUGUCGAUGGCCAUGGGCCUGGAGAUACGAGGCGACAUCAUCCGCGGACUGCCGUGCAUCAAGCGACUCAACCAACUCUUUUGCCCGACAGCCGGCAAUCGCUAUCCCGGGGACCCCAUUGAAAAGUUUAUCGACGAGAACAAAGCGCUGAUUAGGCGGAUGUACGGCGAAUUUCAAACGCCGGCGCCGACGACCACCAACGGCAAUUCGGGCGGCGGCAAUCGACGCUCCGUCAGACACUCCACGGCGGCCGACAAUCACUUCCGAGAUUCGGAGCUCUUCAUCGAAGAUUUAGACGUGGAAGGCAGCAGCAUCUUUGGUGGAGGGUUCCAAGCGGAUGGCCAAAACAGGACCCGGCGCCAGGCGAACAAUCGGAACGCCAAUGCUAAAGAAAAAGAUAACAAAUCGGAUGCUUGCGAGUCGACGGUCGAGGUGGUGACUCCUUAUUGGGCGGCCAACAGCUCCGGUAAAAUCCGGGCCAUUGUUAAUACGCAACACUUCGAGCAGGCCGUCCACCAAGAAGUUUGCUCGAAACCUCGGACGGGCCGUUGCAACGGCGACUGCAGUUGCGAGCAGAAAUACAAGUGGCAUCGACUCUUGGCUUACGAUCCCGACAACGAUUGUAAAGGCAUUUUCAUGGACUGGUUCCUCUUUCCGUCCUGUUGCGUCUGCCGAUGCUCUCCGCUUUAAAAUGUUUUGGUUGUCUAAUUUUUUUUUUGAACUUAGAAAACUUUUGAAUGGCUGGAUGAAUGUGUUGUUCGCGGUAAUUCCAAGGUUGUGACCGUUUUGACAUUGUUGUUUUAUUAGGCUUCCGAAUAACAGACACAUCAAAGUAGACCCGAAUUUUGUCUAUCCCGUCCGACUGCAGGUGAUUGUGUUAUACCUCUGCACGCCCCACAUGUGUGUUUUGUUUGCUAUACAUCGACAUUUUGCCACUGCGUUAUUAAUUUGAAUGAUUUUAUGACGAGCUGUGUUUUUUCUGGUUUUUUUUUCCAAGUGUGUUUUUUUAAAACGGUGUCGGGUUGGCAUUAUUUCAUUUCUUUUUGGGGGUUAUUCGUUGAUUUUGUCGUACACUCGUAGCGCUCCGCUAUAAUUUUAUAUCAUCAUUUGUGACACCAUUUUUUGUUGUCGUCGUCGUCGUUAUAGGAAUGAAAGAAAUUCAACUCAUUUUGUGUGUGUGUCUAGUGUAGCGAAUUAAUAAUGUAAUAUUUAGGACGUUUUGAAAGCAAAAUAUACCGAAGCAGAAAAUCUCA